CGUCUUGCUGUUGCCGCUUUCUCCGCUCUUGCUCACGCCUCGGCGGCCGCCAUCGCCAAUCGAGAUUCUUGUGAGUUGUGAUGCUUUGAAUCCGGAAAGGGAGCGGUUGGAGAGAGGGAGUGUGGGUGUAGAUAACGUGAAUUGGCGACUAUGGCGGAUACGGCGAAGGUGUUCAACAUGCCGUUGGCAAUGAUGUGCGGCAUCGAGGCGGAGAAGGAGAUCUCGCGGGACGGCAGCCAUUACAGCCUCUCCACCGGGAUUCUCCCCUCCCUCGGGGCCAGGAGCAACCGCAGGGUCAAGCUCCGGAGGUUCAUCGUUUCCCCUUACGAUCGGCGAUACAGGGCAUGGGAGAUUUUCUUGAUUGUUCUCGUUGUCUAUUCUGCUUGGGUUUCUCCAUUCGAAUUUGGAUUCCUUGGGCAUGCGAAGGGAACUCUUGCCCUGGUGGACAAUAUCGUCAACGCCUUCUUUGCCAUUGACAUCAUUUUAACCUUCUUUUUGGCCUACCUUGAUAGAACAACUUAUCUGCUCGUUGACGAUCCUAAGCUAAUAGCAUGGAAAUAUUUGACCAGUUGGUUUGUUCUUGAUGUUGCUUCCACUAUCCCUUCCGAACUUGCACGCAAAUUGUUGCCUCAUAAGCUCCGCUCUUAUGGAUUCUUCAACAUGCUCCGUCUCUGGCGUCUCAGAAGAGUUAGUGCACUAUUUGCAAGACUAGAGAAAGAUAGGCACUUCAACUACUUUUGGGUUCGAUGUGCAAAACUUAUUUGUGUGACUCUAUUUGCUGUGCACUGUGCUGGGUGCUUCUAUUAUCUUCUCGCUGCAAGGUAUCAUAAUCCAAGCAGGACUUGGAUCGGUGCUUCUAUGCCAGAUUUCCACGAGCGAGGCUUGUGGAUCCGCUAUGUGACCUCGAUGUACUGGUCAAUCACCACCCUUACAACCGUUGGUUAUGGAGACUUGCAUGCUGAAAAUACAGGAGAGAUGAUUUUUGACAUUUUCUACAUGCUCUUUAACCUUGGACUAACAGCCUAUUUAAUUGGAAAUAUGACCAAUUUGGUAGUUCAUGGAACUAGCAGAACUAGAAGAUAUAGGGAUACAAUCCAAGCAGCCACGGGGUUUGCACAAAGAAAUCAGCUUCCAGAACGCUUACAAGAACAAAUGAUCUCACAUCUCAGUUUGAAGUUCAGGACUGACUCAGAAGGCCUCCAACAGCAAGAGACACUGGAUGCUCUUCCCAAAGCCAUCAGAUCCAGCAUUACUCACUAUCUGUUUUACUCACUGGUUCAAAGUGUCUACUUGUUCCAUGGAGUAUCUAAUGACCUGCUAUUCCAACUGGUAUCUGAGAUGAAAGCCGAGUAUUAUCCACCCAGGGAAGAUGUGAUCUUGCAGAACGAAGCGCCUACAGACUUUUACAUACUAGUGACUGGCACAGCGGAGCUAAUAGAUCACAGGAAUGGAUCAGACGAGAUUGUUAGGACUGCAAAGAAAGGAGAUCUCCUUGGAGAGAUGGGCGUUCUUUGUUAUAGACCACAGUUUUUGACAGUGCGAACAAAGUCAUUGUGCCAGCUGCUGCGAUUAAACCGGACAGUGUUCCUUGGCAUCGUUCAGUCGAAUGUCGCCGACGGAACAGUAAUCAUCAGUAACCUGCUGCAGUACCUGAAAGAGCAACAGGAUGAUCCUCUGAUGGAAGGGCUCCAGAGAGAGAUUGAAAACAUGCUGAUUCGGGGUCGAUUGGACUUGCCCCUCACGCUGUGUUUUGCCAUACUCAGAGGAGACGACUUCUUGCUCCAUCAACUUCUGAGAAGAGGCUUGGACCCGAAUGAAUCAGAUAACAACGGGCACACAGCACUGCACAUAGCAGCUUCGAAAGGAAGCGAGCAUUGUGUUCGUCUCUUGCUGGAUUAUAAUGCAGAUCCCAACAGCAGAGAUUCUGAGGGGAGCGUUCCCUUGUGGGAGGCCAUGCUCGGUAAGCACGAUGAAGUGGUGAAGGUGCUGAGGGACAACGGGGCGGAGCUGUCGGCCGGUGACAUGGGCCACUUUGCCUGCACGGCCGUAGAACAGAGCGACAUGGAUGUUCUCGAAGCUUUUGUCGGUUAUGGAGGGGACGUGACGGCGGCGAAGAGGGACGGCACGACAGCGCUCCAUCGUGCCGUCUGCGAUGGGAAUCUGGCCGCGGUGGACUUCCUGCUCCGCCACGGGGGGAAUGUGGAUGCCGCCGACGACCACGGAUGGACUCCCAGGCGCCUGGCGGACCAGCAGGGCCAUGAUGAGAUCAAGGCUCUGUUUGAGUCCGUGAAAGGCUACGAUUACUUCUCCUCCCAAGUGCCGGUCCCAGCACCGGCGAGGCGGUUCAGCAGCGAGCCCGUCAUGCCACAAGCGGCGGCCGAGGAGAUCCAGUCGUCGUUGCGUGAACACGGGAGGGAGAAGGCCGAGCGCAUGCGCCGGGCCAACUUCCAAAACUCGCUAUUCGGGGUCAUUUCGGCUGCCAAUAGCGUCGGCAGGCGGGGGAAGCACCAGGGAAACCAGCUCUCUCCGCUCCCCGGCGGCCCUCCGAGACCGAUACUUCCUGACGGAGGGAGGAGCGUGAACAAUCGAGCGAGCACGCCGCCGGCGCGAGUGACCAUCAUCUGCCCGGAGCGGGGCAAAGCGACGAAGCUCGUGCUGCUGCCCAGCUCGAUGCGGGAGCUGCUGGACGUCGGGUCUAAGAAGUUCGGCUUCGCCGCAUGCAAAGUGCUGACUGAGGACGGCAUGGAGAUUGACGACGUGAGGCUGAUAAGAGACGGCGAACGCGUCGUGCUCGCCGGCGGAGCUCCGAGCAGCGACCACGAGUCAUGACCGAUGGAAAUUAAGGUGCAAUUGCGGUCGGCGAGGUUGUAGAUAUAUGUUUUCGCUUCUUAUAUUUGUAUAUUAUCUACGUAAGUAAAUAAUAAAUAAUCCGGCCGCUUGUGUGGCUUAUGAAAAAUGUUCAGUAAUAUAUUGUUUAAAAUGCCAAUUUAUAACAA